AUGCCUCCAAAACAUCCCCUCCCAAACAACCAACCCGGUGAAAUCAUCCUCUUUAACUUCCCCGAAUCAGUCUUCGGCCGCCGCAUGGUCCGCUACUUCAACCUGCGUUCGCUCCUUUACUCCCAAAUCCGGGUGCCGCCCAACAUGCCACGUCCAAUCCUGCAAGAGAAACUUGGAAUCAAUUACCGUCGCAUCCCCGUCAUGGCCAUAGGACGGGACAUUUACAUCGAUACGAGAAUCAUGCUGCCGAAACUCGAGAAGUUCUUCCCGGAGAAGCGAUUAGGCGCGCAAAGCUCCUUCGAUGCUGGGUUUGAGGCGAUGUUGGAGGAAUUCGUGAUUGAUGGGGGGCCAUUUUGGAGGACGGCUGGAUGUAUCCCGGAGACGGCGCCUUUCAUGCAGAAUGAAGUGUGGAUGAAGGAUCGAUCCGAUGGGUCUGGGGGUCAGUUCAAUAAGGAGGCGCUGCGAGAGAAUCGAGCGUGGAGUUUGAGUCAGUUGAGGUUGUGGUUUGGGAUUGUGGAGAAGUUCUUUGCGGAUGGGAGGGAGUGGAUCUUAGGGACAGAGGGGCCGAGUUUGAGUGAUAUUCAUGCGGGGUGGCAGUGUGAUUGGGCGAUUAAUAUGGCUGGGGAUAUGAAUGAUGAGAAGGGGCAUGAGUCCACGGCGGAUAUGAGAAAGGUGCUGAGUAGAGAGGAGUUUCCUCAUGUGCAUGCUUGGGUGGAGAGAUUUAGACGGGCGACAGACGACGCGGGGAAUGCGAAUCAGGGGGCCGGAGCGCUGGAUGAAGGAGAGGAAGCCGAGAACGACAUUGUGAGAAGAAUACUGGCGAGCGAUCUCACGGAGGCUGAAAGUCCAGGCGUUGACGAGUCCGAUAUCCUGGGGCUCAAACAGGGGCAGAGAAUCAUUGUUGCCCUUGUGGACUUUGGCUUCACGCACAAAGACGAAGGAAUAUUGGUCGGGCUCGCGAAAGACGAAGUGGUCAUCGAAGUCGAUGUGCCAGGCGACAACGCCAAGUUAAGGCUUCACUACCCACGGAUCAACUUCAAGAUUUUGCCACUCUGA